AGUCGGGACAAGUCCUGCCCACUAGACGCCCUAGAGGUCGAGGAGAGGAACUGCCGUGGGUGGCGGGGGCUGGAGGGCCACCUUGCGCCCCACCUGGUCUGCAUCCCCGCCCGUGUUCGGUGGCCUGUCCCCCAACUCCCGCCAGCAGGGACGCCGCUCUGCGAGGCUCCCGGUUCGCCGUCCCACCGGCCCUUCCAGUUUCUCCCUCGUCGGACGUCCGAGCCCCGCCGCUGCGGCCCCUCCCCUACAGGGCCCCAUGCGCCCCGUCGCCCGCGGCCCGACGCCCCGGGAGCAUGGAGCCCUUUCUCAGGAAGCGGCUGACCUUCCUGUCCUCCUUCUGGGACAAGAUCUGGCCGGCGGGCGCGCCGGACGACGGCAUGCCCCGGUUCCUGGACCCUGGCGCGGACGCCGAGCAGGAGACCCCCGCCGCGGAGCCCCGCAGCCCCCCGGCGCGCGCGCGGCUCUUCAGGGCGCUGUACGACUUCACGGCGCGGUGCGCUGAUGAGCUGAGCGUCAGCCGCGGGGACAGGCUCUACGCCCUCAAGGAGGAGGGCGACUAUAUCUUUGCCCGCAGGCUCUCCGGCCCGCCCAGCGCCGGGCUGGUGCCCAUCACCUACGUGGCCAGGGCCACCCCUAAGACGCUCUCAGACCAGCCCUGGUACUUCAGCGGCAUCAGCCGAACCGAGGCCCAGCAGCUGCUCCUGUCCCCGGCCAACGCGCCGGGGGCCUUCCUCGUUCGGCCCAGCGAGAGCAGCCGCGGGGACUACUCGCUGUCAGUCCGGGCCCAGGCCAAAGUCCACCACUACCGCAUCUCCACGGCGGCAGACGGUGGCCUCUACCUGCAGAAGGGCCGGCUCUUCCCCAGUCUGGAGGAGCUGCUCGCCUACUACAAGGCCAACUGGACGCUGAUCCAGAACCCGCUGCUGCAGCCCUGCAUGCCCCAGAAGCCCCCGAGGCAGGACGAGUGGGAGAGGCCGCGCUCCGAGUUCACCCUGCGGAGGAAGCUGGGCGAAGGCUACUUCGGGGAGGUGUGGGAAGGCGUGUGGCUCAGCUCCGUGCCCGUGGCGGUCAAGGUCAUCAAGUCAGCCGACAUGAAGCUCGAAGACCUCGCCAAGGAGAUCCAGACGCUCAAGAGCCUGAGGCAUGAGCGUCUCAUCCGGCUGCACGCGGUGUGCUCCGCCUCCGAGCCCGUGUACAUCGUCACCGAGCUCAUGCGCAAGGGCAACCUGCAGGCCUUCCUGGGCAGCCCUGAGGGCCAGGCCCUGAGCCCGCCCCUCCUGCUGAGCUUUGCCCGCCAGGUGGCCGAGGGCAUGAGCUACCUGGAGGAGCGGCGCAUCGUGCACCGGGACCUGGCCGCCAGAAACGUGCUUGUGGGCGAUGACCUGACCUGCAAGGUGGCCGACUUUGGCCUGGCUCGGCUGCUCAAGGACGACAUCUACUCCCCAAGCAGCGGCUCCAAGAUCCCCGUCAAGUGGACGGCGCCCGAGGCGGCCAACUACCGCGUCUUUUCCCAGAAAUCGGACGUCUGGUCCUUCGGAGUCCUGCUGUAUGAGGUCUUUGCCUAUGGCCAGUGUCCCUACGAAGGCAUGAGCAACCACGAGACGCUGCAGCAGAUCAUGCGAGGGUACCGCCUGCCGCGCCCGGCCGCCUGCCCCGCCGAGGUCUACCUGCUCAUGCUGGAGUGCUGGAGGGGCAGCCCCGAGGAGCGGCCGGCCUUCGCCGUGCUGCAGGAGAAGCUGGGCGCCGUCUACAGGCGCCUCCACCCUGCCCUCACGUGACCCAGGCACUGGACGCUGGGCUGGGGUCACUCCUUCCCGCCAGGGCGUCCCCCCGGGAUGAUGUUUACCAUCAACACGUACAGGGUGCCAGACGGCCCAUCACCAGCCCGCAGAGCCUCUGGCUGUGGGCCUCACGCCCUGACACACACACUGACACACACACCUGUGUGCACAGGAGGCAGACACACGCAGACACCCACUCAGACAGGGGAGGGGCUGACGCCCUCUGCCCUAAGUGACCAGUGUCCCUGGCGAAGGAUGAACUCAGCACAGAAGGCCAAGUGGAGCCCGAGUUUGCUCCGGCCUCAGGGAGAAGCCUUGAGCCUGGGCUGCGGUCCCCCUGCCCAGGCCUGCUGCCCUGGGCCUGCUCGACCCCCUCCCAGGGUCAAGAGCGAGGGGUGGGAAUUCCCAAUUUUCCCCAAAGUCCCCGCAUGGCCUUGUGGAAGCAGUGGUGCCAGGGCUCCCAGGCAGACCGUGGGAACUGGCCCCACAUGGCACAUGCUGGGCGUACGCUGGGGCGUGGCCACUGCCUCCCACGGGCACACCGUUUCCCGUGUGUAGACCUGAGCACACGGGAAGGCAGCACUUAAUAAAUACGUAUUGACUGACUCAGACGCAAGCAGACAUGGCUCACACAUGGGCCUCAGCCCCCUGAACCAGAACAGGAGCUGGAGCUGGUGGGGUGGGCCCCCAGUUGGUUUACCCUGGCAGAGGGAGAGCUAACCCCCGCGUGGCCCAGGCCCCCACCCCAGGGCAUCUUGGCACCCAGAGCAGGUUGACCCAGAGGCAGCACUACCCCUGGGCCAUGGGCAGGACUCAGGUGUCAACAGCCCUUUCCGUCUCCCUGGGGCUGGAGCAGAGAGAUCGGGAUGGGAUUGAAGAGGUGGGGGACUGGGUCAGGCCACGGGAAGGUCAGUGGUGGCUGCGUGACCGUU